CACGAGAUAAAUGGCACUUCGAAUGGUUGUAGGCUGUUUUAUUUUCUGCGCUGCUUGCUACGCGGUGUAUCGAUGGCUGCCCGGAAUGCGAGAGCGCAUUGAUCUUCCGGUCAAAAUAGGAACCCUGCGUAGAGCAGCGACCGUGGCCUCGGCUUACAAGGACAAGACGGACACCGGUCCCGAGGGCACUGGCGUCAGUGGAAGCUGCCCAGCAACGCACAGCGACGGAGCAUGCCUAGGAGACCACGGUGAAGACUCCCUGGAACACAGCGAUAGCAUCGCCCAGCGCCUUUGGUUGAGGGUGCAAACACUUUUGUCCGAGCACAUGAUGGACACACUGGUACCCCCUGACGUGCAAGCACUGCUUCAAGAAGCCUGGGACGCUAUGAAAAAUAAGCAUUGGUUGCAGGGCUUCACCAACCAGACGGUUUCCAUGCUUUUCACGGCCAUAUUCUGCAUCAUCAUGGCAAUGAGGUGCUGUAACAGCACUCACAAGAAAAAUACGAGUGAGGUAGAGCCAUCGCCAGCGCCUCCGGUUGACGCCGUAGCCGUCGAUUGGAAGUCCGUGUUCAGCAUAUCGGAGAUGGCUCGUCUAGACACUGGCAGUAAUCGGCACGAAGGCGGUUACAUCUACUCGAAAGGAACAGGAGUGAAUGAGCUAUGCAAGAAAAAUGCUGCGGCCGCGGUGAUUCAGCGCUGGGUGCGCUAUAAGUUCAAGCCGUGGCUUCAAAGGGCCGAGUCUCACGCAAGCGCUGAAGAGCUGCCAUCGAGCAGUCGACACUGGAUCGACGAAGACCACGGCGCCACAGUGAACACGACCCUCGAAGAUUCCGUUCUUCGCCCGGAAGAGCUCGAGCCUUCUGACGAUGAUAGGAUUAGUUCCGAACAUGCGCUCCCUUAA